CGCGGCUGGAGGAGGAGGCCGGAGCGCGACAUGUCCCCGGCGGCUCAGGCAGAGCGGCUCGUGGCGCUGUUUUUCUGAGUCCCGGGGACGGCCCGGCGGUCGGCCGGCCGAGAGCAACAAUAGCAACAAAAACCCAUCGGCCGGGGGGCUGUCCCCUCCUCGCAGGGGUGGCCGCCAUGCCGGGGGCCCGAGCGGUGGAGGGAGCCGUGGUGGCGCUGCUACGACUGCUGCUGCUGCUGGCGCUCCGCGGGCCGGGGCUCGGCGUGGGUCGCGCGGCGGGGGCCGGGCUGCCCGAGAGCGUCAUCUGGGCGGUCAACGCGGGCGGCGAGGCGCAUGUGGACGUGCACGGGAUUCACUUCCGCAAGGACCCUCUGGAAGGCCGGGUGGGCCGAGCCUCAGACUAUGGCAUGAAACUGCCAAUCCUGCGUUCCAACCCCGAGGACCAGAUCCUCUAUCAAACAGAACGGUACAAUGAGGAGACGUUUGGCUACGAAGUGCCCAUCAAGGAGGAGGGGGACUACGUGCUGGUGUUGAAGUUUGCCGAAGUCUACUUUGCACAGUCCCAGCAGAAGGUGUUCGAUGUGCGGUUGAAUGGCCAUGUUGUAGUGAAGGACCUGGAUAUCUUUGACCGUGUGGGACACAGCACAGCUCACGAUGAAAUCAUCCCCAUGAGCAUCCGCAAGGGCAAGCUGAGUGUCCAGGGGGAGGUGUCUACCUUCACCGGGAAACUCUACAUUGAGUUCGUCAAGGGUUACUACGACAAUCCGAAAGUCUGUGCACUCUAUAUCCUGGCUGGGACAGUGGAUGAUGUACCAAAGCUGCAGCCUCAUCCAGGACUAGAGAAGAAAGAAGAGGAAGAGGAAGAAGAAGAAUAUGAUGAAGGGUCUAAUCUCAAAAGACAGACCAAUAAGAACCGAGUGCAGUCGGGCCCGCGCACACCCAACCCCUAUGCCUCGGACAACAGCAGCCUCAUGUUUCCCAUCCUGGUGGCCUUCGGAGUCUUCAUUCCAACCCUCUUCUGCCUCUGCCGAUUGUGAGAAUAAAUUACCAUCCUGAACAGGAUGGAGGGGUGUGGGAAAGAAACCAAACACAUUGGUUUUGGUUUCUGUAUUCUUCAAAUUGAUUAACAAACAAACAAACAAACAAAAAAACCAAAAAAACACAGAAACAGUCAAGGAAAUCAAAAGGGCGGGGGCUUGAGGAAAGCAGCCCUCACCCACCACCUCUUCUGGACCUGCUUCAGUUCUAGUACUCCCUGUGGCUGGCCUCGGCCAGCCCUCCUCUCCAGGGUCCUUAGGGGAAAUGGGAUCCUCGCUGUCCAGGAUCCCCUUUUGGGCACCUCGUGGAAAGGGCUCUGAACUCAUAGCAGGUUGUGGUUGCUCUGUUUAGUUAGCACUUAGCAGCAGGGAAGACCAGCCCUGGAAGUCGGGAAUUCUGAAGUGAGAGCCAGAUUGAGAAAAUGUGUGUGGAAAGUUUAAAUUUUUAAGGUUAAGAUGAAAGAAGGGAAGUGUUUUUUUCUUUUUGUUGUUGUUGUUUCUUUUCUUUUCUUUUUUUUUUUUAAGAAGAAGGAAAAGCUGGUGCUUGCCUGGAAGCCUCUGGAUGCUGCCAGCAGCUCCAUGUUGAGUGUUUAAGCUUUGUUGCUGUGCUAGUUGCAGGACAAUUGCUCUGUCUGGUCCUCAGGUGGCCUCUGAUGUGGUACCACAACGGAUCAAUCACUUUGAUUUCAGUGCCUGUUGGGGACUUGAUUGCUUCUCAGUUUUCUUCUAAAUCUGAUGUAUUUGAAAUCUCUUCUUCCUCUUAACCAUUCAAGUUAUUGGCAAGAAGGAAUGGAGACAUGGGAACCUGGGGCUCUGCCUGCUCAGCUGUCUCAUCCUUUGUCGCCUCAGCUUGCUGGUACCUCCCUUCUUGGCUCUCGGAGCUGGCAGCCAGGAGGCCCUGACCCAGCAGUUCUUUGCUGGCCCAUUCUUAGGGUCUCCCUGCCAGGGGGCAGGGAUACUUUUCAGCCUGCAGCAAAAGAACACUUGACCUUAAAAGUCUCUUCUGAUCUCUGGAUUAGGAAGGGCUUAGUUAGCACCGUUUAAGAGCAACCUCAGAGACUUGAGCCCUACUCAGUGCCUGAGCACUGUUGAGAAUGUCUCAUAUCCGAUGUUCGUUUUCCUCCAUGUCAUUCAUUCUGUGUCACUCUUCAGCCAGCCUUGGUUGAUGGCCAGACUGCCCCAGGGAACUAGACUGAUCAGCUAAAUCAGCCCAGUGACCUCUCAAACAGAGCUGUGUGGCUUUUGGCUGCUCUCUUCCCUCUCCAGGUAGCAAUCAGGUUCUUGGUGUGAUGGGCUCUGAGUCAGCUGUGGCCCCAGCAGCUCUGAAGCUGUUCUUAGCAACCAAGUGUCUGUCUUGAACUCCCUGGAGACUUUGCUGCAGGAGGUGAAGCUUCCCCGUGCCUUCUGUCUAACCACCUGACCACCGUCAUCUGUCUCGCAGUGAGGGUCACGGUGAGGGAGGGCCCAGCCAAGCUAAAGGGAAUUCUGGGGCUGGGAGGCAGCGGGAGGAGCUUCAGCCCAGGCUGGGCCACGGUACACUUUCUCAGGCCAGGCCCAUCCUUCUUGAAUGUGCUUAAUUUUGAGUUUGCCUUAUAAGAUAUGUUUUUGAAGAGUCCUGUAUAUUAGAGCUGUCCUUUAUCUGACAAAGUAAGUAGCUCUGGGCUGUUGGCGAUGACUCCAGGCCAGCAUUCAGUCACUUGAGGUCAAGGCCCUUAUUUUCGCUGUGAUUUGGGCGUUGGUCCUAGGGUAGUCAGGCAGCUGGGUGGCUAUAGAAUACUUCUGGAGUGCUUCUUGAUGUUCUUCUGCUCCUAAGGGAUGAGCUGCUGUAGCUUAGGUCCUGGGGGCAGCCUUGCUGGGGCCACAGACCUCUGUCUGAUUCGGCUUCCAAGGGUGAAUUUGGUUCCUGCUCCAUCAGAACUUCUCAGAGCAAUGGGCCACUGCCAGUGGAUCAGACAAGAUGCGCCAGGAGGCUGCUGCCUCCUUUGGCCUUGUUUGUUAGUUUGCCUGUGUCUCUGAGGAAGUAGGGGGUCCUGCCUCCUCACCUCGGCCCAUCCCUGUGAUGACUCAGAGUCCCAGAAGGAAACCCUGGCUCCUGGGCCCAUUUCCUAACGGUACUGUAAGCCAAGCAGCUCUGCUUCUGCCUCUGUUUCCAAGCCUACCCCUCCCCACUGAGCUCAGGGCUGGGGAUGGGUACUUUCCUCUUUGGUUGUGACCAAAAGGAAGGAACAUCUUUCUGAGGCUAACAAAAACUAAAGGGGGAUAUAAGGAAACAGGAAGAAGUGUGGUGGGGGGUGGGGUAGAUUCCCCUGGAGCCAAGCCCACCCGGCCAGCAAGAGCGAGGGCUUCCUAUGGCUGGCAACGGUUGGCUCCAAUGCUUAACUUGAAAGCUUUUUUUUUUUUCUUUCCCUCUUUGAGUGGGGGGCUGUCCUCCCAGAAGAUAUAUAAGGUACAUGAAGUUUAGGUUAAAGGGUGGGGAUGGGGCACUCUUUUUCUGUAUAGUGUGUGUGAAGAAUUAUUCUGUUGUUCAUCUUUUGCUUUUUGCACUGUUUGUCCCUCUGUGUGUGUUUUGAGCUUGUGUUAGGACUGAGACACUGCUGCCCUGCAGGGAGCGCAUCUGGGCUGCGCUGGGCUGGGCUACGCUGCGCUGCUCUGCGUUGCUCUGCGUUGCUCUGUGUUGCUGAGUGACGCCAGCCUAAGACGGUGGGGAGGAGAGGCCUGGCUCCUGGGCUCUGCAGACUCGGUCUCAGCCGCCUGAUGACUGCGGGGGGGGGGGGUGUCUUCUUUGGCUAGAAGCCUCGCUCAGGUCAGUUUGAGGGAGCUGUGUGCCGAGGCAUCUCUUGGAGACAGGCUGAAAGAGAUAGUAGCCCAGCCCUGGCUUGGGGUGAGCCAGCUGCUUUUUUUUAAGAACUCACACUCUUGCUGACUAAAACAUUGUGCGAAGAUAGUAUCUGCGGGAUCCUUAUCCCUUAAACCAAAUCCAUGUUUUUGAAGAGUGUCUGCUGAGACACUCUUCUGCUGGCGAGAAGCCGAGAAGCCGGGCCCAGCCUGAGUAGUGGAGAUCUGAAUGGUGGUCAUCUUCAGGUGUUAGCAGCGGUGGUGGACUCCUGGCAGAGCUCACCUCGACCACAGGCCACCAGUCUGUGAGAACGCCAGUGUGUUCCCUUGCACCCCUGCCUAAGAGAUACUGGGGGUCAUGUGGAGCUCACACAGGCUGUGACGAGGGAGGCUGAAGGCUGAAUUAGGUUUACCUCUCCCCUUCUGUGCCUGGAAAUUGCCUGGUCCAGCUUAGAACUGUGGUUUAACUUUUUUUUUUUUAUCUUUUGGAGAAGCUUCUGUUUUAAGGAAUUUCUCUUCCUUCGUCUCCUGCCUGUAGCCUCUCCUGGGAAGGCCUGGCUGUGGCUUCUAGAAUCUCAUCUGAGAACUUCAGGAACAGCAGCAGUAUUUUCCUUUCCUAGCACUUACAUCCUUUCCCUAGAAAUCAGCUUGGAAGCCCAGGGAAAGGAUCAUCAGGUUCUCUCCCCUCCCUGGGGGUUGGGGAAGGUCCCACCCCGGUCAGCACAGUGCCUUUUCCUCUCCUGCUCUGAGCCAGGGUGGGCGUUCCCUCUAGAUUCAGGUCUGGGCAGGGGUGCGGCUGCCUCCCCUCCCUCCUGCUCCCCUCUGCCAGCCUCCUCUGAUGUAAUUCAAGUGUCUUCUUGCCUUGAGGAGCCUUUAAUGGCAUGAAGUGUCAGUGUGGAAUAUUGUCCUCCAUGCCUCUCCAAAGUACCUGGAAGAGCUUUCCCAGUGAGAGACCGACCGAUGCUCCUGCUUUUAAAAAUGGCACUUUGGCAGGGGUAGGGGUGAGGAGUGUCUUAGAGCCACUGCUGCUGUGGCCCCUGAGGAUGGAGACUGGGGCAGGGCGGAGGGAUACAAGGCAUUGAAGCAGAACCAGAGGCAUCCAGGAUCUGUUCAGAAAUAUCAGAAGAAAUCUGGCUCUUCUGUGAAAAGAUAUAAUUAGGGAUCAAAGAGCCCUAGGAAAAUUGCAAAGAAGCCUCACUUUAGCACUUCAGAGCCAACCAAGCAGCUUUCCCUUUCAGCAUGAGCCAGGCCUAUCCCUGCAUUCGGACCUCCCCUUGGGUAAGAAGGCUGGCUGUCCUCCUGUUGGAGCAGAGAUGAUGGGUACCAGGGGUUCAGCUGCCUGGAGAGGCUGAGCAUCCUUGCACAGGUGUGGCUACAGUCCGUCUGGCCUGUCCUUCCCCAGAUGCCUUUGUGCAGCUUUCCCUGGGUGGCUGAGUCCUUUUGACAAGAGCAGAUUCCCUGGAUUUUCCUUCUCUGGGUUGACGGGAAAAGAGCAGGAUGGAUCUCUUGGGGUGAGUUUCUCCCAGGAAUAUAAAAACAAGGAGCCAGGAUUGUUCUGGCAGCCAGGGAAAUGGUGCCUGUUCGAGUUGGCAAAGAGGGCCUUGGCACCUUGGAUCCAGGCAGUCUUGUGAGAAGGGGCACCUGGCACGGGGAAAGGCAGAACUCCGUUCCCACCUCUAUUUUGAGCUUCAGCGCUUUAUUUCAGUAUGAGGAAAAACAACAACAAGCUGAAGUGUGCUUUCCGUCCUUUCAAAGGAGAGCCGAGCUGGCAGGGAGGAACCAUGGCAAGACCAGGAAAGAGACAGGAGACUCCUCUUUCUUGGUGUGUCCUGAUCCAGGGAAUGACAAGCAGUUUGACCCUGGAUUAGCUUCCUCCUUGAAUUUAAGGGAUAUUACCUUUCCCAUCCAUGGAAUUCUUCGAGACCAGGACCAGCUGCCUCUUCUGAGCUCAGGAUAGCCUUUUUGACCAUUUUUGGCCUCACCUGGUUUGUUGGAAAACCAAACCCCAGACCUCCAGAUUGGGCCUGGCUUCUCUCUUUUCUAUCAAGUAUUGGGAAAAAAAUAUGUCAAGUUCUUAGUAGCCCUUGUAGCUCCUUCUCUAGUUUCCUAUCCUCUCUGUGCAGAGGCCAAACCAACCCUCUGUUGCCACAGCAUGCAUUUACAGCGGCGCAGUGAGACGUACUAGAGAGGCUUUGAACCUGGCUGGCCAGGGAAGAAGUAGGGGUGGAUAAAGCCGUCAUUUCUUCUGGGCUGUUUCCGUCUGUCCCUACCCCUUCCAUGCCCCACAACAUUCCCACCAAAAAAGUAAAAAAAAAAAAAAAAAUCAAGAUAUUUUUCACUGUCCAUUGCUUUGUGUUUUAAUAAACAAUUUGCAGUGACA